GAUCGAGCUGUAUUUUUAUCGCCACGGCGACGGCCGUCAAUCCUUUUUUUCAGAUGCCCGCACUACUAACUUUUCCUCUUGCCCUUUUGUGAAGUUUUUCGUCUCAAGUAAGAAAGAUGGCCCCUGCUGCUCCUUCCAAUUAUGCCGGCGACCAGCAGCCGCUCCCGGAGAAGCUGCGGGAGAUUCUUGGGGAGCAUUGCCAAGUACAGCGCGUGAACAAGGACCGCAAAAUUGUCGGCGCGGCCAGUCCGGAGGAGCUGGGGCAGUCCAUGGAGAACGAGCAGCGUCGGAAAUUUUGCGAAAAUCAGCUGAGCCAACUGGGUAACGACUUUGACAAGGUGGUCCAGUGGGUAGAGGCGGUGAAGGCAAAAGCCAAUGCUUUGUACUACAGCUCUCGCUACGAACCCGACCGUGUGCAAGAACACGAGCUUGUCUCCGAUCCCGCCUCCGACGAGCAGGCAAUUGCUCUUUGUUCGGCUCGUCCUGAUGGGACGACUAGUCCAGCUGCGUGCCCGUCCACAUCUACUUCCUGUGCAAGUGAAGAUUUGUCCUGCGACCUUGCCAAGCUGAAAGAAGCCGCGUUGCUCUACUACGACUGCUUGUCCGGACUGGAAAAGUGUGCAAAAAUUAUCGUUGCGAAAGGACAAUACGAUGAGGGAAGUAGCAGCUGCAGCAGCACAACAGAAACCGGAGGCCGAACUGAGAAUGAAAAGACGAGAAACUCGUACCAGCAGCAGAUACAACUGCCGAUCACGGCCAACCUGGCUGCCUGUAUGUUGGAAAUGCGGCAUUUUCGAGAGUGCAUUCGUUUGUGCGACUUGGCACUGUCUGUACAGCCCGAUCACGUGAAGGCGCUUGUCCGCCGAGGUAUUGCCUACUACAAGCUACGGGAACCGGGGAAGGCAAAAGUAUAGUACUAGACUGUUGCGGUUGAUGGGGUUGGAAGCAACAUGACAAAGGCAGGUUCGCGAAUCUUUUGAGUAGCUGUCGCUUUGUGCCUGUUUGAUGAUGAAAAACUAUCAAUCCCACAUUUAGCACAACUUGAAAAACAAAGGUAGAUCUCAUUCGCAGCCUCGAGUUGCUGGAUAUCAUGGAUGCCGCCACAGCUGGGGACACUGCUGGGACCGGCAGUGCCGCGGCGACAGCCGGCACUGCAGCUCUGUCAGCGACAACGACAGAGAAUCUUCGCCGACGGGCAACUGUGUAUUUGAACUGGGCGAGGAAGGCGUUGCAGGAGGAUAAGGAGCGAACACGGAAAAUGUUCAACCAUCGGCUGUACGAAGAGAUGCAGUCUUUGAACUAUCAGGAAUCGCAACAGAGUCGGUUGGUGAAAGACGGAAAUGAUCAUGUACGUGAUGAAAAUGUUGUACUGCAACAGGAACCGAAGUCGGCGCCGUCAGCUGGUGCUUCCAGUGCAGCCGCGAGGACCCUGUUAGAAGAAGAAGGCGCAGAUGAAGUAGAUGAACCACGGCCAAAUAAAACGGAGAGCGCAGUAAAGAAUGUGUGUAGUAAACAAGACAAAGAGGGGGCUGGCAACUAUAGCAAUACCGACGACGCAACUUCCCUUUCGACCACUACCCGAGCAAGACGGAAGGAUAUGUGCAGCACCAGUGAUGGCGCGUCGGGUACGACAUUUGAGAAAAUCACUAUUCCGAAAGUAAAGAAGAAGAAGGAGCUGAGUUUUUACGCCGACAAGCCAGAUGUGAAGAUGAACCAGCUUUCCGACGAAGAUAUUGACCGAUUGAUCAAGGAAGAAUUGGAGGAAAUCCGUUCCCGGACGUUUUUUCAACAGUGUUGUGGAUGUAGGAGGCGGAGAAGCUGA